AUGACUAAGAUUAUUCAAAGUAAUGGGAAAGCUUCAAGGUUAUUUCAAUUGAGGGUUAAAUGCAAGACAGUAAGGUUAAAGUAUAGUACAUCGCAAAAUGAUCAAUUCGUCAACAACUCAUUAGAUGAAGCAAUAAGGUUAUCUGAGAAGCUGAGGCCGAAGCCUCGACAAUUUAAGAAGCAAAUAAUCAUGGCACCUAAAAAGAAGAGGUUAACUAUUGAUUUGAAGAAACAGAUAAGGGUGUUUCCUUUUAAAGACCCUUUUGUAGGAGGAUUGACUUCAUUGAGAGGGUUAUCCAAAUCUAAACCAAAUCGUCUCGCCCAUGGAUUGGAACGCUGUUUGUUCGAACCAAUGUCAAUUGUACCACUGAAAGAUAGGCGGUCCAAUAUAUACAAUUUUAAGCCGUUCUUGGAGAAUAUAAUUAAGCUUAAGGAUUUUAAUUUUGAUGCCAUUACAGGGUUUGUCCCUCCUUCGUUGGAUUCUCGCUUGUUGGAGUUAGCUAGAAAGCAUAGUAAGAAGUAUGUUUCUUCCACGAGCAGCAUAACGGGUAUGUUGUCGCAUAUGCAUUUCUUGCUUUCGAAUUUUAGACCGUUGAACCUUGAGCACUUGACGUUGUCAUUUCCCGAUGUCAAUCGAAAAUAUACAAGGGCAUGUAAAGGAACCACAUCAGUGUUUUUGAGGAAGUUGAAUCAAGAGCCAAAUGACAUUUAUUCUGUUGAUCCAGACAAGUCAGUGAACAGAGAGAUUAUUCUUUCACAAUUGGGGCAUGCCUUGGAGUCUUUGCUUACCAACUCGGAAUGUCAGUUUUCUAGUAUCUACGACAAGUCAAAAACCAAGAUUUUGGAUGAAGAUAGAAGUGUUCCAGAUGCUUUCAAUUAUGCGACAUGUGGGAAUUUUUUGCUGCGAUCACAACUAGAUGCAUUUAAUCCGCACUUACCGGGAAGCGGUAUAUUUGACCUCAAGACCCGUGCGGUAGCGGCAGUACGAUACGAUUUGGCGCAUGUGGAAAACAAUGGUGGUUUUACAGGCUACCAGCUUGGACAGAAGUUGGGCCAAUUCGAAUCCUUUGAAAGGGAACAUUACGAUCUGAUUAGAAGCGUCAUGUUAAAGUAUUCCUUACAGGCUCGUAUUGGUAAUAUGGAUGGUAUCUUCGUUGCCUAUCAUAAUAUAUCGAAUAUAUUUGGAUUCCAGUACAUUCCUCUUGAACAGAUGGAUUAUAUUAUCCAUUCUAGUUAUGAUUCAAAAGUUAUGGAUUUGUUGAAGGUGAGGGAACCCACUCUAAGAGCGCUUGUUGGCGACGUCGACUAUGUUAAGGACUAUCGCUUCGAGAACUUUAAACAUAAAAUUGCAUCAAGCAUUGCUACUGCAGAAUUCAACUUUUCUAUGAAAAUUCUUGACAAGUUAAUAUCAAGCAUUACUUCUAAUAUACCUAGAGAAGCAUCAACAGUUAGGUUGAUGUUGAAGACUAAAAUGUUAACUACCAAGUUCACACACAAUGACACUCUCACCAUGAAGAAGGUACCCGUUUUGAAGGUUUUGGUUAAUGUCCUAAGCAGCAAACAAGUUGAAAGGAUGGAACGCUUUGCAUUGGAAAGAGUGCUUUUACAUGGUGAUCAUGAAACGCUAAGCAAACAUAUCAAUGAUAUUCGAAUAUUUUACAACGAACUAAGAGAUGAAUCGAUGUUAUUCGAAGUCAGGGUGGGCCAUAAACUUGCUGCUGCAUCCAAAUCAAUUGAAGUAGACUAUCAACAUUUAGAUCUCGAGCCUGAACUGCAAGCGAAAGUUGAAGAUGCUACUUCUAAAGAUUACUACAGAUCGACAUGGAAGCACCCAUACUUUUUGCAUCCAGAGGACGUUUCUCGUUGGGGCGUAAAGGCCACUAUCGUUGGACCGUUGAACGCAAAACCGUCGGUUUAUGAUGAGCUAUUAGAUGAACAAUUGGAAUUUUUGAAUGAACAAUGUGUAUCAUUAGAGAAUGAUGUUAUAAGCAAUUCUAAAGAUCCUUUGGUUAUCAAAGAGAAACUAAAGAAAGCCCUAAUCGGAAGAAAAGAGCGGUUCUACGACUUGAAGACAGAGGGGCCCAUGCCAUUACAGACCAUUCUGCGAGCUUUCAGUGAGAAAGGUAAAUCAGAAUUAAAACAACAACAAAAUGGUAAGGACAUUAAAAUGGCCAAGAAAAAGCUGUGGAAUGAAUAG